GAAAAAGUAGUUGCAUAAUUUUCCAUAACGUGCCGUAAAGCAAAGUUUUGUCAAAGAAUAGUAAGUUAUAUUGAUCUAAAAUUAGAAAUUUGGGAUCAUGUGAAAGUCAAACACAACACAAAGAAGAAAAAUUGUCUUUCAAUAUUUUGAUCCCAUGGCCAUGUGCACUUCUUAAAUUCCCCACACCUAUAAAACCCCAACAAAACCUUCAAUCCAUUCACAAACAUUAUUAUUAUAUUAACUCCACAUACCAAAGAACAAACCUCAAAAUGAAGAUCAACCAACUUUUCUUUCCCUUCCUCAUUGUAGCCAUCUCUUUUAACUCUUUACUCUCCUCAGCUGCUGAAUCCCCACCGGAAGUAGUCGACAUUGAUGGAAAGAUACUCCGUACAGGCGUCGAUUACUACAUUUUACCGGUGGUACGUGGCAGAGGUGGUGGACUCACCAUGGACAGUAUUGGUGAUAAAAUUUGUCCACUUGAUGCUGUUGUCCAAGAACAUAAUGAGAUUGAUCAAGGCCUCCCAUUGACAUUCACACCCGUUGAUCCAAAGAAAGGUGUGAUUCGCGAAUCGACUGAUUUAAACAUCAUUUUUUCAGCAAAUUCUAUUUGUGUUCAAACAACACAAUGGAAGCUAGAUGACUUUGAUGAAACAACAGGACAAUACUUUAUUACGCUUGGUGGAAAUCAAGGAAACCCUGGUGUGGAAACUAUAAGUAAUUGGUUCAAGAUUGAGAAAUACGAUCGCGAUUAUAAGCUGCUAUAUUGUCCUACAGUAUGUGAUUUCUGCAAAGUCAUUUGUAGAGAUAUUGGCAUAUUCAUUCAGGAUGGAGUUAGACGUUUGGCUUUGAGUGAUGUCCCAUUUAAGGUCAUGUUUAAGAAAGCUUAGAGGCUAGUUAAGUCUUCAACAAACAAACUACUCUUAGUAACUUAUUUAAAUUUGAAUAUGUCUGGUAUUGUGAUUAAUUGUAGUUGUAAUAAGAGAAGCAUCAGCUUCCAACGUUAAAAAAUAAACAAUUUAUCAAUUUCAUGCAUUGUGCUCUUUUGAUUUAUAUGAGCUUCUAAUACUA